CAGACGUUGAAUCGGUAAACAAAGAAGUAAAGAAAGGCUCUGCAACAACAAUAUCCUGUGUUAUCAUCGGAAUUAUUGAAACAGCAACAGUAACCUGGCGAACUAGUACGGGACCAGUUCCAGCUGAAAAGUUCACCCCUGCCCAAGGAAGCUUCUCUGGAGGGAGACAGACAUCAACUCUUGCUGUAGACGGAACUCUUGUCAAUGAAGAUACUGCUUACACUUGCAGAGUAACUUCCGGUUCUUUACCUGAUUCCAGCCACUCGGAUACCACCGUCAAUCUUAACGUUUAUGAGAUAAUGGUGAAAAGCUAUGACGUGCUAGCAGGUACUGCAUCAACGUUGACUUGUUCAAUAAAAGGAUCAGCUGCCAAUUUGAUACAUAUUCAGUGGGUGGACAACAAAGGAAAACUUUUCUCUCAUGAUUCAGACAUUUCUGACUUGACUGUCAGCGAUGGAGCACUAAAGGAUGGGAUGAAGGAGUCUACUAUGAUCCUUUUAGCUGACGUGACUUUGUUAGGCGAUCAACUAUUCACAUGUAGGAUUUCAGUAGGAGAAAAAGAUCAAUAUGAUGAUACCUUGGUGGCUCUCAAAACCUUCACAGUUCGUACAACCAAUGAUUAUGUUAGAACAGGAGACCCAGCAGUAUUGAAGUGCACUGUGAUCUUUCCUACCGACACAUUGACAGUUGCUUGGUCACACCAAAAUACUAUAUUUGAAGAGACAAGAAAAGAAACCUUACAAAAUAGUACAACAACAACAAUUUUACGAUUAGACCCUCCCAACGAAGUUGCUUCUUACACUUGCAUAGUCUUCGCCCAUGGACAAGAGUAUAACUUUUACUCGGAAGUUGAAAUAGAAACCGAUGGUUUGUUGCUGACACCAGAACAAGAGAUAAGAGCUUUCAACGGAGCAACAGUCAACCUGAAAUCUUCUUAUUUCUUCUCCUCGUUUGCUGAAGGACACUUUUGGUGGAAGCACAAUGACUCUCUGUGUUUGACUAAAACUUGCAGGGAUAUUAUCAACUCUCCAAAGACCUCCGUAAUCAGCAUCAUUGUAAGCAACUCUACAGUUGGGGCCUGGAGAUCCUUUUACACAGAAACAACGAGCAAGCGAAUUCUACAGAGCAACCAAGUGAUUUUGAUUGGAGUGAAUGUCAGUGGGACUCAAUAUCCCAAUUCUGUGUGGGGCAUUACAGGGACUGAAUCAGAAGUCACCUGUUCCGUACCAUUUAACAUGACUAAUUCUAUUUUGAAUAAUUUGCGGUGGAAGUUGGAUGGCAAGUUUGUAAACAAUAAAGGUUUUACCUAUAAUAAGCACCAUGAUGUUAUCAUCUUCAAAAUGACGGAGAAAGUUUAUGGCACUACAACGGUCCAGUGGAAAAUCAUAGUUGCUCACUCCACAGCAGCUGUUGGAAAUCUUUAUUGCCGGGCCCAGUACAGCACAGGACAAAUCGUAGAUACACCAAUGAGUCAUCUGAACGAAAUAAGGAUAGACAGCGACCUCGAUUUAAUAGUCCUGACUCCAGAUACAGGAGCAGUGGUGACUUUUAUAACUCAUGCACCUUCAGCACCGCUUUCAAGGAAUUUGGAUUGCUCUCUUGAUCUUGUCAACCCUGUUAGUAAAUCGACAAAUUCAAAAAUAUCAACCGAUGGGUUAAUCUUCACCGAAGUUUAUCACAUUCGCAGUUCUGAUUCUAUGAUAGAAGCAGGCUCAAAAGAUGAUUUAGUUUCACAACAUGGUACUUGUGAUUACUCCGUCCGGAUCCAGAAUUCAGUCCAAGAAUCUCUUACAGUUACAGUGAAAUUCUCGUUGCUCGGCAAGAUCAAGUUGGAGACUGGAUUCGAAUUCAGUACUGACGAGACGAACCUAAGGAUCAAACUACGCUGUAAACCACCUCGUACGCCCCCAAAUACACUUUUGAAAAAGGUUGAAAUUGCUGAAUCCGACGACUACAAAUAUGUUGUCACGUGUAUAAACGACGACCUUGUCUUCAUGGAUGAAAACGCGAAGGAAGUGAUCUGCAACACAUCUACUGGCUCAUAUCACACUAAGAUUGAUCUUAGUCCUUGUCUAAGAGUCAUUGAACAAAUUUACCCUAAUUGA